AUGUAUACGCUUUUAAAUGACGAAUUGCUACCCUUUGAAGAAUUGGACGCACCUGAUUUGUAUUUUCAGUAUUAUCCCACCAUUUAUACGGAUUCUAGAAAAGGUUCGUUGGUGCCAUUUAGUUUGAGGUUGGUGCAUGCGGAAUCGUUACGUUUUACACCGUAUCCGUGGGCUGCAACGAAGCGUAUUGACGCUUUAGAGAUGAAUGUUCAGAAGGUUUAUUUACUUAGUCGUAUGAUGAGUGUAUGUGAUCCGAAAUGCUUUAAACAAUUUGAUACGCAGGUGAUAAGAAAUUUAAAAGAGAAGCAAACGACGAACGCUCAACAUUUAGACUUAUGGAAGCAACGUUUAUUGAGUGUACAAAAAAUUCGUGCAAGGACGUUAUUUUUUUUGAAGGAAUAUGGAACAUCAAUGUCGUUAUACGGUCGAAUUGCGAGCCAAGAAGAGAACGAAUCGCAUCGUUUAGCAAUACGUUUAAUGUUGGCACGAAUGGCACUUUCAAUCGGUAGUGAGAAAGAGGCUGAGCGAUAUUUCAAAGAAGUUACUCAGUUGGAUGAAGAUGAGAUUCUUGUUUAUAAGUCUUUGAAAUGCAUUUUUAACGGUAAUUACUCGCAAGCGUACGAACAUCUUCAAAGAAUUAGCAAAACAGUGCAGUCGAAUGCGAAAAUUCGAAACAAUACAGCUGUGUGCUUACUGUAUAUUGGCAAACCGUUAGAUGCUUUGAAAAUAUUGAAUGAUCAACACAGUACCAAUGGUAAUGGUAGUGAUGUGGUACCAAAUGAACCAAUUUGCAUAAAUUCAGUGAAUAUAGCUGAGUUGGCAACUUGUGCUAUUAAACAGUAUAAGGUGAGUAAUUAG